AUGGGCGAAGUGGGCAGAAGUCGCAGCUACAACAACGCCAUCACGGACGAGAACGCCAUGGCAGACGCCAGGAAACGGCUUAGGAGGAAUAAGACCAUCGCAGGUGCCUCGUCAGGCACUCAACGCAAAGAGUUGGCGGAAAUGAAAAACUGGCAGACACAACAAUCGCAGGACGAUUCGGCAUUGGAGACGUCGACGCAGGAAAUACGACCAAAGCUUCGUCGGACGUCUUCGUCGCAAGAGGGCAAGCCCAACAAGAAAAAACAGAAAAUAUACAGGAGCGAUGAUGAGUAUAGCGAUUCUAGGAGUGACUCGGUAGAAGUCGAGUUCCCAGCCACAUCAGCUUCGACCUCACCGGCUGCCGCAACGUGGAAGGACCUUGACGUCGAUGAAAAGGAUGACGUGAGCAUGGUAGUAGAAUACACAAACGAAAUCUUCGGGCACCUUUACAACCGCGAAACACAAACAACCCCAACAUACAACUAUCUUCUGAGAUCCGAUUCCCCUCAGCAUCUAAGACCUUCCCUUAGAGCAAUUCUGAUUGAUUGGCUUGUGGAAGUCCAUCAAAAAUUUCAAUUACUACCAGAGACGCUGUAUCUCGCGAUCAACGUCAUGGACAGGUUUAUGUCCAUGCGCAAGGUGUCAAUGGCUAAACUACAGCUAUUGGCGGUGAGUAGUUUACUAAUAGCGGCGAAAUUUGAGGAGGUCAAUUUGCCUAAACUAUCACAGUAUGCAUAUAUCACAGAUGGUGCUUGCAGCACCCAAGAUAUCAAAGACGCGGAAAUGUACGUGCUAACAACCUUGAAAUUCAAUAUCGGUUGGCCUAAUCCUUUGAAUUUCUUGCGCAGAAUAUCCAAAGCUGACGGGUACGAUAAUAGAGCCAGAAACGUCGCCAAAUUUUUCAUGGAAUACGCAAUGUGUUGCCCGAAGUUUGUGAACGUGAUACCGUCUAGGUGUAGCGCAGUGGCUAUGUACUGCUCACGAGCGUCUUUGGACAAAACCUUAAGGUGGGACGAAACCCUCAAGCAUUACAGUGGAGGAAUCGAUCCUUUGAGUGACAAGGAUUUCCAAACUCUAUGUUGUCAGUUGAUCCAGGAAAUUGGAAGUCCUACUACUCAACUAAAAGCAUUAGAGCUUAAGUACAAAAGCAAAUCAGCUGAUAGCGUUUUCGAACCCGCCAAAGUUUGGUGCGAUUUGAUGGUUGCAGCCGAUUAUAAGGAUUUGUUCUAA